ACCAUCUCAUCAUAACGACUCUCCCCAUUCCUUCAAUAAAUUUCAUUCUCAUCUUCAAUAACGUUCAUACUCCUGCGACGCGUAUCUGAGCGAGCGUUUGAGUAUCGUUAUACGCCACCAGGUCGGUGAAAGCACCUCGUGUGAUUACGCCACCAUCUUUGCAACAUGGAAAACAUUAAAUUGAGUCCCUUGGACAUUCCAGAAAUCAUCUCCCUCAUUGGCGAGCAUCUCAAUCGAAGAGACCUUAUAAACUGUAUCCGCGUCUCAAAGGUCUUUCACAGGGCUCUUAUCAGGUCCAGAUGGAGAGAGAUCAAUAUUGUCUGUAAAUAUCCUACUGGAGAAGCACUAGAAAACAACAAGAAAUACAUUGAGGAGUUAAGGUUUGAAAGCAGGUUUCCAAAAGAAUAUGGGUUAUUGAAAGGGUGUGAUCGCCUCCAGUUCAUCGAUUACAAACGGGAAUUUGGUACAUCGUCCCAAUUGAACUACCUUUCAAACCUCAUCAAAGCCCACUACUCUACUCUCACCAGGAUUUGCUUUGACGAUAUUCAAAGUUCACAUGAGUUCUGGGGGGCACUACUGGAAUGUACUAACCUCAAGCGUUUGGAAGUGUCCUACACACGUAUAAAGGAUGAAGUCGGCCCAUUCCUUCAAGUCUGCAAGGGGCUUGCCCGGUUGACUUUAAGAUGUGUAUCCAUAUUUCAGCUACCAAGCAACUUCAUUAGCAACGAGGCCAAUGAAUUUUCUUUCCUAAAUAUACACACACUGUCCAUUACAGCCGUCGAGAUACUUAAACCUCCACAUCCAUAUACAGCAUCAUCUUGUCUCGGCAUAUUGGCGAGGAGAUGUCCAGGACUAUGUGAAUUAACAUUUGUUGAUAAAAGCGGGCACGGGGGACCUGAGCAACUAAUAAUAAAUGACUUCUACAGGACCACAUUCCAACAGUAUCCUUGGGUAUUGGCGAAUUUGUCAUAUCUGUCUUUGCCUUAUAUGAGAAUAAAAGACAAGGAUAUGAUGGCACUUCUCAGCCAGAUCACUGAAUUAAGACAUUUAGAUGUCCGACAAUGUAAAUUCGGUCAUCUCUCUCUACAGGAGUUGCUAGCUGAUAAACAAGAAAUGUUGGACAAGGGACACAUAUUGCGAAAGACAAGGCCCCGAAGACUCUGUGAAGCACUGGAGGUAUUGAUGUUUGAUGAACAAAGUGUCGGGAUGGAUGGGAUUGUUCAAGCUGUUUUAUCGAAUUGUCCACGUCUGAAGCAAUUGACGGGAACUAAGAUUACAAUAACAGAGAUUGUCAACGGGACAGGAUGGGUCUGUACUGAACUGACUGACUUGAAUAUUUAUCUUAAGGCAGACGUUGAUCAAGGAACUAUAGAGGGUAUGGCGAAGGCGCGUAUUGCGUUUAGGGAACUUGGCAAAUUGACUCAGCUACAAUACCUCAGCCUUACGUCGCAGAAUUCAAAUAAUGAAGAGAGAAUACGGACAAUAGACUUGAGGCUCAGAGCAGGUCUGGAUGAGCUAGUCAAUCUGAAGAAUCUAGUUUCCUUAUGGUUUUAUGGUGACAAUCACCAGCGAAUGCAACUCGAAGAUGCAACAUGGAUUGUGGGCAAUUGGCCAAGGAUCAAAUACUUGAAGGGUUUACCGAACAUUGCUAGCUAUCGCACGACAAAUCCUCAGUUUUAUUUGAUCUGGAGGGGGCUGGCAACUAUUGAGUUGAAGUGGGCUACUUCCACAACAUAUGUUUCUCUUAUAAAAAUCUAUGGCCCUUUCAAGCUACCAACGAAGGCUGGCGACCUAAAAGCGCAGUUUAAGAUCCUUGCCCAUAUUCCACGAGUUCGAUCAGACGACACCGAAUCUUUGCCCCUCACUGGCGAAGCACUACAGAAGCACAAGGAACACAUUGAGGAACUUCACUUUAAACAUCCUGGGGAUGAUAUCCUAGAAGAGUAUGGGUCUUUGCAAGGAUGUAGUCGCCUCUGGUUCAUCAAAGCUUCUAGUUUAAUAUCAUCCGAGCCGAUUCACUUUUUGAAUCUAUUCAAGGCCCACAACUCUACCAUUACCAAGGUUAUCCUAGAAGACGUUCAAAGCUCACAAUUGCUCUGGGAUACGCUGCUUGGGUGCAUUAACCUUAAUCACUUGGAGGUUAUUAGUAUGUCUAUAGAUGAUGGGGUCGACAUAUUCUUUCAAGUUUGCAAGAAACUUGGGUACUUGGAUUUCAAUGAUGUUUUCAUAUGCCGGCUACCUACCGACUUCCUAAGUAGCGAGGUCAGCGAACAUACUUUCCCAAAUAUACACACACUGCACAUUGACCGUGUCCGGAUAUUCGACCCUUCACACCCUUACACACCAUCACAUUCCCUCGGCAUGUUGGUGCGAUGUCCAGGAUUAUAUACGCUUAAGUUUGGUAAAAAUAUCCAAGUUGAUUACUAUAAGGAAGCUUUCUUCCAACAUCCCUGGACUCUGCAUAAUUUGGCAGAGCUGUCUUCCCCGUCCGCGAAAAUAACGGACAGUGGUAUGGUAGUACUUCUCAGGCAGACGACUGGUCUAACAUGGCUAAAUGUCCCAGGUUGCGAGUUCGGCCAGCUCUCUUUGCAAGGAUUGCUGACGGACAAGUAUGAGGUGUUGAAUAAUGGACAAAUGGUACAAAAGGAAAAGUUUCGAAGAGCCUGUGAGACUGUUGAGAUAUUGAUACUCAAUGAAGAUAGUGACAGGCCGGAUGGCAUUGUCCAGGCUAUUUUAUCGAAUUGUCCACGACUGAGGAAACUGACAGGACCUAGAAUCACAGUAACAGAGAUUGUCGAUGGAGUGGGAUGGGUAUGCACUGGACUGACUGAUCUGCAUAUUACUCUAGUGGCAGAUGUUGACCAAGAGACCGAAGAAGGCAUGGCGAUGACGCGUGUUGUGUAUAAAGAACUAGGAAAAUUGACUCAGCUACGCUACCUUUGGCUGACUAAGGAUUAUCGCGAUCCUAUAGUACGAACGCUGAACUUAAGGCUAAGAGCAGGCCUGGGUGAAUUAGUCAACUGA